UGGUGACGUCACGGCGGCGCGGGCGCCAUCCCGGAAGCGCGAGCAAGUCCGCCAGAUGUGCAGGCAGCGGAGGAGGAGGAAGAGAUGGACCCCCCGGACUCGGCCUCGAGGGUCUUCUGCAGCCGCAUCCUGAGCAUGGUGAAUGUGGAUGACGUCAAUGCCAUCAUCCUGGCCCAGAAGAACAUGCUGGACCGCUUUGAGAAGACCAAUGAGAUGCUGGCAAAUUUCAACAACCUAUCAAGUGCCCGGCUGCAGCAGAUGAGUGAGCGCUUCCUGCACCAUACGAGGACCCUGGUGGAGAUGAAGCGGGACCUGGACAGCAUCUUCCGCAGGAUUAGGACGCUGAAAGGGAAGCUGGCCAGGCAGCACCCAGAGGCCUUCAGCCACAUCCCGGAAGCAUCCUUCCUGGAGGACGAUGAUGAAGAUCCUAUCCCACCCAGCACCACAACCACCAUCGCCACCUCAGAACAGAGCACAGGCUCCUGUGACACAAGCCCAGACACCAUCUCGCCCUCCUUCAGCCCUGGCUUCGAGGACCUGUCCCACAUCCAGCCUGAUUCCCCUGCCAUCAAUGGCCACGGCCAGAUGGAUGACAAGGAGCUGCUGGGGGAGUAGCCCUGCUCCCAGGUGCUCCAAGGGGUCGUAGGGCUCUCCAGGUAUCUGAGGUGGCGGCAGGUAACCCUGCCUCAAGACGGUUAGGUUUACCACCUUAUUCUGUCAUCCAGGGCACCCUGGGAGACAAGGCACCCUCCAAGGGUGUGGAAUUCCUGGGGGUCUGUCAUUCCCACUCCUUCCUCACUGAGAGCAUCUCUCUCCUUCAGACCCUCUUCCAGGCCAGGGGAUGAGCAGCCAUUUGGAGUUGUUGGGCUGGGCACAAGGAAGCUUUUCCAGAGCUAGGCCUGAGGUCUGCUCUGAACAACAUUUAAAGGUCCCCCAAAGACAAAAGCCAGAGAGACCCUGUCUCAGCACCCCAGUCAGGACCUCCUUGAAGUGGGCAAGCACUAUCAUGUCUGAGUUCCCCCCGCUCCAUUCUUGCACAUAAUAGUUCUCGUCUCCCUGUCUCUUCCUCCAAUGAAAGUAUUAAAUACUUUCUCCAAUAGUAUCUCAAGGUUUCUGAAACAGUUAUAGAAAGCUCAUGAAAGAACCUGCUCCUGUAUCCACUCAGCCCCAAGCGUGAUAAUGCCCACCCCUGUCUGACCAGAGGUGUGGACCCUGAGGGCCCUGCAGUCCUCUCCCAGGGCCUCCAUGAAGCAAGCCGAGCCACCUUGGAAAACAGAAUUUAACGGAAUAUUUUUGUAUCCGAUAUUUACAGAUGCUGUUGGGAAGUUAUCAAUAAAAAGACUCCGUUACUAAAAAGAGAA